AUGAUGAACCUCGAGAGCGAAGAGCUACGCAUGCGCCAGAGCAUUCUGUACACUGUCGGUCGCAUUUGUGACGAUGAAGGUCCGCAGAAGCAAAACUACGGGCAUCAUACUAGACCUGUCAUAUCUAAAGAGGCCAUGGCGUUAAUAGCUGACCUCGUGUAUAAACAAUCCGAAGUGAUGGCAACAGACCUGCAGUUUUUCGCACGUCAUGCGAACCGGAAAAUCAUUAAGUCAGAGGACGUUAUGCUUUGUGCUAGGAAACACCCUAAUUUGACCAAUUUGUUGCAAAAGUACCAGCGAGAAACGUCGACUUCUACUUCCGCGACGUCAACAAGUUCCAAGAAGAGACGCAGGAAUUUUACAGACUUGGAUGAAAUUCACUGA